AUGUCUUCUUCACCCAACCUCUCCUUUCGGGCCCACCUUUGUCAGUGCGACAACGAUAGAUUAUUUUACUACACCGGAUACAUCAUUCCAGAGCUUGCUCUCUUGGGCUACACCGACGCCGCGGGGCGCCUGAUAAGUAAACUCAACAACUAUGACCUGUAUCACGACAGCUACCCAUAUCGGAGCCAGGGAAGUCUUUGGUUCUUGUGGGAUCUGCGUGCAAAGGAAGAUGGGGUACUGUGGCCAGAUGGCGAGGAAGAAAAGGUACGACAGGCCGUGAGGAAUAGACGAGCGAAGCAGAGGGCGGUGACCCAGACGACCCAGCGAAACAAAACCGCAGCCAAAAAACGAUCCAACCAGGAACCAAACCAGGAACCAAUAGACAUUGCCAUACAAGUCCGGCCUCCUCAGGAAGACCCAAAGGCAAGUCUACACACUGUUGGAGCGAAAGAGGAAAGCAGAGAUGCUGUUAUGCCGAGCGAUGAUGAGGCGGUCAGCCUUGAUGACAUACAGAGAGAGCUGCAGCUCCAACCGAACAAGUCAGACGGACCAUCCAGCACCACUCAGAUGCUUAUGAAUGCACGAGGCAUCGUCCAUAACCUGGAAACUGCAGGUCGGACUACCCAUGUCUCCAGCGUAAGUUGUGACUUGCUAGAGGCACUAGAUUUGGUUUUAGCGGCUGAGGAGCAGCAUGGAAAGCACGAAAAUGGCAGAGGCCUAGACUUGCUUGGAGCUCCAUCACCUGACGAGCUGUUGCGAUGGCUAGCAUACAGUUUAGGGGAGAGACAUUCUGACAAUUGGGCAAUAGCAGGAUCGAGACAAGCUUGGAGACUUUACAAAAGAGGAGCGUUGAGGCAAGCGCUCAGUAUCGAUGAAGCGGCACUCACGGCCUUCGCGCACGAUUUCGAGAUCGCUUUAAUCGAGCGACUCACGAAUGGCCGUACCAAACCAUCAGCUCACCUUUCCAUGCCAGAACUGUUAAAGGCCGCAGAAGACGUCACACAAGCCAUCAGAACCGACGCCGAAGUCUCACAAAAUUCAGUUCGUGCCAGAAGCGCAUCCCUUUUCGACUCCCCCGCGAAGGAAGAACAGAUUGCACAGGCCGAGACCCGGCUGGGCAUCAAACUCCCAUCUGACUACAAGAAUUUCCUCCAGAUCAGCAAUGGUACCGUUGGACAUAUGUGGGGCCAUCCUCUAGGCGACUUCCAACCACCCCUGCACACAGUCGACAAACUACGAUGGCUCGACCCGGCCGAAGAAGAUUACUUUACCGGUCUUGCGCUUGACAUUCCUGCUCGCUGGGCCAACUGGCCUUUUGCACCUCGCCCCACUGCAAACGGAUACGGCGACUAUCCAGAACACUUUGUCAUUGGCUGCGCAUCGGAACUCGGGUUCGAGGAUAUCGAUAAUGUGUGGCUGAUCCCUCCAUCUACCGUCACGCCGAUCAAAGACGCCGUGAAGAAAUUGCUGGAAGAUGAAGACUUGAGCGAGCUCGAUAAGAAUAGUGUUAGAAACGCGGUUCGAGACUUCGCGGGUAGUGAAGAUGAAUGGGAGCAGAUGGAAUGGGCUUGUGUGACUUGGGCUAGUGGGGGGACUGCGGCUAUAUUCUUUUAUCCUGGGUUCAAGGCUUGGCUUGAGCGUGUGGUAGAGCAUGGCAGUGCGACGGCAUAUGUCAGGGAUGAGGAUCAGGAUCAGGGGACGAAGGUGUUGAAGAGUCAAAAGUGGCUAGGGAAUCUGUUUGGGAAAGUUGGAGAGGGAAAGGAGUCGAUGGAAGUGCCGAAGUGGUUGAAAGAUACGGUGCAGUAG